GAUUGGAUGUCGAAGUGACGAACGGGGGCGUCUGCAGAAUCUACAGACGGAGAGGAGAGCCCGUUCGCAUUUCAUCUUUGGUUGAAGACAAUGGAGACAGAAAUCAAACAGGAGGAGGAAGAGACUACGUUCAGCAACACAGACACUAACGGCAAGCGCCCAGCUGAGGACAUGGAUGAGGAGCAGGCUUUCAAGCGCUCCCGCAACACAGAUGAGAUGGUGGAGCUGCGUGUGUUGCUCCAGAGCAAAAAUGCAGGUGCUGUGAUUGGAAAGGGCGGCAAGAACAUCAAAGCCCUACGUACAGACUACAAUGCCAGUGUAUCAGUCCCAGACAGCAGUGGCCCAGAGCGUAUCCUGAGUGUAAGUGCAGAUAUUGAAACAAUUGGAGAGAUCCUUUUGAAGAUCAUCCCCACACUCGAAGAGUACCAGCAUUACAAUGGAAUCGACUUUGAUUGUGAGCUCCGCCUCCUCAUUCAUCAGAGUUUAGCUGGAGGGAUCAUAGGGGUGAAAGGUGCCAAGAUUAAAGAGCUGAGAGAGAACACACAGACCACCAUCAAGCUCUUCCAGGAGUGCUGCCCUCAUUCAACAGACCGUGUUGUGUUGGUGGGCGGAAAACCUGAACGAGUUGUGGAGUGCAUUAAGGUUAUCCUUGAACUCAUCUCUGAGGCUCCCAUUAAAGGACGUGCCCAACCAUACGACCCAAACUUCUAUGAUGAGACAUAUGACUAUGGUGGCUUCACUAUGAUGUUUGAAGAACGGGGCCGCAGGCCAAUGGGUGGUUUUCCUAUGCGUGGGCGUGGCGGCUUUGAUCGUAUGCCCCCAGGUCGUGCAGGGCGCCCAAUGCCCCCCUCUAGACGAGACUAUGAUGACAUGAGCCCCAGGCGUGGACCACCUCCACCCCCACCUGGCAGAGGAGGACGUGGAGGUAGCAGGGCACGAAAUCUGCCGCUGCCCCCACCACCGCCUCCUAGAGGAGGAGGUGACCGGUUUUCCCACCAGAGCUAUCAUGGCAAUAUAGACGACAGACCAAACGAUAGAAGAGGAAGACCAGGAGACCGGUAUGACAGCAUGAGUGGAGGUGGCUAUGACAAUAAUUCCUCUUGGGAGCCCUUCCAGUCUGGCGGAAGAGGAUCAUAUAGUGAUAUUGGUGGUCCGGUCAUUACGACUCAAGUGACCAUCCCCAAAGAUUUGGCAGGCUCCAUCAUCGGCAAGGGUGGGCAGCGCAUCAAGCAGAUCCGUCACGAGUCAGGAGCAUCCAUUAAAAUUGAUGAGCCACUGGAGGGCUCUGAAGACCGCAUUAUAACCAUCACAGGAACACAGGACCAGAUUCAGAAUGCCCAGUACCUGCUGCAGAACAGCGUGAAGCAGUACUCUGGUAGGUUCUUCUAGAGGAUGAAGAAUGAAGCCAAACUGCCAUACCCGUUUACUCCUGCUAAUUUUCAGAGUCUACAUUCCUCCGCUAUGGGUAGACGUGCUCCCCACCACCUCUCCUGAUGUCCUUUUUUUUUCCUGAAGAUUUGAGGAAAAAAAGUUCUGGAAUUUCUCAAAGGCAGCAGAAUAAGUUGAUUCUUUUUUUUUUUUUCUCUCUCUCUUUCUUGCACUUUUUUUUUUUUUUUUUUUU